GUCUCCGGCUCGAGCGUCUCCUUCACGGCGGAUGGCCCGCCGGCGCCUGGCGGAGUCUCCGCGGCGCCCCUGGUGGGCCAGGCCGUGUCGAGCACCUUCACCCUGGCCGCCACGGGCUGGAGCGACGAGGACCCGUCGACCCUGACCUACACCUUCUACCGCUUCCCGGUCCGGGGGAGCGUCGUCUCGCAAUCGGGCGCUGGCCUGGUCGCGGUGCCCGCAAUCGAGGCCCCGGACAUCGAGUGGGACGACCGGGGCAGCGAGAACCAUUGGGUGAGCCUGGGCGGGGUCGUGCUGCGGCAGGCCAGCAGAUCGCCCGAGGCCUCCAACAUUCACUUGUCCUCCGGGGCGUACUUCGUUGUGCCGAUGUCGGCGGCAAACUUCUCGGUGGACGCUGUGAUUCAGACGUCUUCUGAGCUCACGGGCGCGAACGACACCGACGCCAUGCUGAACUUCGUGAACAGCCUCAGCAGCGAACUGCUCGGGUCUGGGGCGGCCGCUGCGUCCGUCGAGGACCAGCAGGACCUGAUGGAGAUCAGCCUGCAGACUCUGGAGUCGACGGCGACGAUCCUCAAGCCAACCAGCGAGUACAUUCAUAAGAUCGGCCAGACUGUCAGCGGCUUGGUGACCAGCUCCGAUGACUACAACGUCCUGGACCAUGAG